CCGCCGCUACCCCAGAUCCCCUCGCAAAAAGUCCCCCACACCAGCAGCAUGGACACUGUGAGCCGCAGCAUGUCGCGAUACCGCCGUCAGCGGCCCGCCAUAGCUACUUCCCACGCUGCACAUGCGCCUCCCAUGCCCGGCUCCAUAAAACGCGCGGGAACGCUGCCGGUCGGACCAUGCCCUGCCCAGGACAACUCCCCCCUCACCCGCGCCCAGUCCAACCCAGGCGGGCCAACACUUGAUGCCGAAGCUGAGCAUCAGGCCCGCCUCAGCGCCCAGCUCAAGGCCGAAAAGCGUGCCAGGGCCGAGGAAGCUGAGCGCUCACGCCGCUUGGAACAGCGAGCUGCAGACCUCCGUGCGCGACAGGAUGCAUCGCGGGAGAGGUCUCUACUGGCACGGAAAGAUGAGGAAGAACAUGAGCGAUUGGUCGAGCGUCAGAGGCCGCGUACUGCCAAGAACAGCAGCUCUCAACACGGCGGCGACGGAGCUGUCAUGCCACCAUCCCCUCAGAGCCCUGAACCCAAGAGAAAGUUUGGAUUCUUGCGCAGGCGCAAAGAAGAGGAACCGGCCAAGUCAGCCGACGUUUCUGGUCAUGGCAGGCAGAGACAAGUCAGCGAUGAUCUGCCAGAUACCAUCAGGCCGGGGGGAGGAGGCGUUGUGCCUGGCAUUGACGCACCGAUUUCGGCAGUCAACGCGGGCGAUCGUCGCGUUCUCGUCGAGUGCAAUCGGUCUAGGAUCCUGCUUCCCGUCACGCCCACCACUACUGUCUUGGACCUGAUUCGAUCCGCGUCGACCUGUCUCGCAGAGCCCAUUGAUGCCAAAGCGUCCGUCCUCCUCGAGGCCUUCAGCAAGGCUGGCGUGCAGCGGCCGCUUCGUCACUAUGAGCGCGUCAGGGACAUCAUGAACUCUUGGGAUGAUGACAACCAGAACAGUUUGGUCCUGGUCGAUUCUCCGACUGGAGGCAACGACCAUGACUUGAGUGCUAGCUCGGUACCAGCAGACAAGCCUCAAGGAUUGUCCUGCUCAAUGUACUAUUCGCAGAAGCCAGGAAAGUGGACCAAAAAAUGGGUUACGCUCCGUAACGACGGCCAGAUACUGUUGUCAAAGAACGAGUCAGGCAAAGACUCCAGCAACAUGUGCCACCUUUCGGACUUUGACAUUUACACGCCCACUGCCCGUAACGCUGCAGAAAAGGUCAAACCGCCUAAGAAGGUCUGCUUCGCCAUCAAAAGCCAACAAAAAUCCACCAUGUUCAUUUCUACUUCUAACUUCGUCCAUUUCAUGUGUACUGGUCACAAGGACGAUGCGGCCGAUUUCUACAAUGCUGUCCAGGGUUGGAGGAGUUGGUACUUGGUAAACGUCUUGGGAGAGGGCUCAAAGAAAUCAAAGACAGCCGCGGAUACAUCAGCACCCGAUGCUGGAGAGACACAUUCGGCAUCUGCCAGCCAAUCUACGCAAGCUCAUCACCGGCCAGCCAACUCUGUCGACUCCCACUAUCAAUUAGGGUCGUUCAAACCAUUGAUCGACGUAGGCCGGCUCAACCAACCGCCAGUGUUAGAACAAAGCAGCGUUUUCCAUUCCGAGGAUAAGGACAGUGGGACGACGAGCAGCCAAGAGAUGUACACGCGGAAAAUGUCCUUGCGGAGUCGCAGCCAACCCCCAGUCGCAUUCCCGUCUCACAUGGCUGCAACCACCGAACCCCCAUUAAGCCAGUCAGCAACUGACUCUUCGGAUGAUGGUACUUUUGCGGCCAACAGUCUCUUGGGACGUGCAUACUCGCAGCGUCAGAAGAUGCAACGUGAGCGUGAGCUUGCCAGCAAGCAGGGCGGUCCUUUCACUGAAGGUCCUUCGCUUCUUAAGAACCAUCUUGAUGGCUAUUCUUCGCACGCAUCUGCAGAAGACGCCAUGCCUAAACGCAUGUCGUCCGUGCGUAGUACUCGUGGCGCAGGCCAUGCGGGCGAUGUCAAGCGUUCGAACACCACGCGCCACGGGCGUGAAAUGCCAAAACCACUUGUCGACCUGACGCCGCAAUACAAAGCACCGCCGCAGUUUCAAAAGAAGGGCAAAGGCUUCCAUCCCGAUCAUGUUGGACCAGGCGGCCUCAUUGACUCGGCAACCAGCCCAGACGUAGUAAUUGCCGUUCCUCCGAGCCAGGAUUGGCGAGGGCGGAGUACUGCGACCAGGCCAGCGACCAGCAGCGGCCCUAGUGCAGAUCGGACAAAGAGUUUGAGAGGUCACGGCAUGAAGAUCCACGGUGCUAUGAACAAUCAUUCGAACGUGCCCGAGAGCGGCGACGACGCUUUUACUGGUCGCGGGCUGCUCGCGCACCCUGAAUAUACAACAGCAGCUCCAAUACCACCCCAUGGUCAUGGAGUGAUGGAUGGAUCGAAGGCGAAAGGACCUAUGCUAGACAUGUCGGAGAGCAGCCAGUUUGCGCCAGGAAGUCUCCUAGCAAACGUCGCCGCACAGAACCCUACGGUUCCAAUCAUUGACAGGGAGAGGAAGCGGAGUGUUGAUCUGCCGACUGGUGAG